AUCAUGUUUGGAUGCGGCAAUAAAUUGUGAUGAUUAUAGAUCAGCUAAACUAAUUACCAGAUAACUAAAUCAUCGUUUUAAUGUAAUUGUCAAAGAAAAUUCAAAUAAUAACAUUCAAGUGUGGUUUUCAGGGCCACUUGUGAGUCUUGUCAGUGGGGGCAAACGCUAUUCCUUCCAACUGUUUGAUGUCUUUCUCACUCUGUACCUAUAUAUAACUUUUCCUUCUCAAGGUUGGCUUACCUCUGUUUUAAGGUAGUAGUAGAAGAACACAAUGACAAUGAGGCUCUUUGAUCUCUUCCUGCUUGUCCUCUUGGUUUCCUGUAUAGGGGCAGAAGCAGCAGUAUGCCAGACGAGAAGCCAGCAGUUCAGAGGGUUAUGCUUCAGAAAUGAUAACUGUGCUGCAAUCUGCGAGAAGGAAGGUUAUAUAUCCGGGAGCUGCAAGGGGUUUCUCCUAAGGUGCAUUUGCUUUAAAGAUUGUGGUGCCACUGGUGGCGGCCCUCCUGACGGGUCACCAGAUGGGGAUGGUGGCACGCCUGAAGGCCUUACUGGCAGCCAUGUGACUUCCAAUAUCAGUAGUGUCUAUAAAUAUGGGAAAAAUGAAGCCAAGCCUGGAAAUGCUGAAAUAAAGAAAGGAUAGGGCUUGCCGCUUGAAGGGAUUGUGUACUAGUUAUGAAAGCCUUCAUGGAAAUAAAUGGAAUUGAGCAUAUCAAGUAUUUGAGAAUUUUCUUUGUAAGGCAGUAACUAUUUAGAUUAUAUGGUGUGGAUUACCAUCUAUCCCUCUUUGGAUCAACACUCAUGAAUGAAUCAGGUGCAUUGCACCCUCCAUCACAAAAUUUCACAAGAAAAUAAGGGUCAUGCGUCAUACCAUCAAGAAGAAAGGUUUAAAUGCAUAGGCUUGCCUCGGUCUUUAAUGCUCACUUAUUCCCGAAUUAGCCAUCAAAAGCCUCACUUAAUAUGAAAGUACAUGUUCUGAAAUCAAGGACUUUGGACAGCCAGCCAGCCAGCCAGCCAGCCAGCUACGUGCAAUUACAUUCUGCUCACUUCUACUUCUGCACGCACUAAGAAAUCGACUCAGUUUGCAUUAACCACAAUGAUUUUUCCAAGGUGAAAAAUGGUCGAUCUGAAACGAAAAAUUAACAUUUGCAAGCUCACAACUGCAGUAGUUCUCUUCAAUUGAGAAACUACACCACUUCAACAUUUAGUUGUACCAGAAUGAACCGUACUAUGGGAAACAAGGAAAAGUAUAUCAAU